AUGGAGAGUAUUCUUCGUUCUUUAGGCUUUGAAGGUUUGUUCGUUGUUAAUCUUGAAGGACGUAGUGGUGGGUUGGCCAUGCUUUGGCACCAUAAAGAGGAGGCAACUAUCAUUGGUUUCUCAGCUCAUCACAUUGAUGUAGUCACUAAUGCUGAGGGGGUGGUCCAAUGGAGGUUAACUGUUCAACUUACUAAUUUGGAAAUCUCCUCUUUGGACCAUUGUCCUAUUGAUCUUGACCCCAAACCCAGAACCUAUGUUCAUGUUACUCAGUCUUUUCAAUUUGAAAAUUCCUGGUUGAAAGAACCCUUGUGUGCCCAAAUAGUCAGUAACAACUGGGAGGUUUGUGCUUCGAUGAAUUGGGAGGGUAAGAUGGAUCAUUGUAGCCAAGCUUUGUUGGCUUGGGCUAAAGAGAUUACAGGAAACUUUAGGAUCCAGUUGAAGAAUUGCAUGGAGGUCAUUCAAAAAUUGAAGAGAAGAAGAGAUGUUGAGUCCCACGCUUGCUACAAAUCUGCCAAGGAAAAUCUAAUGGAGAUCUUAUGUCAAAAGGAGAUCUUUUGGCACCAAAGGUCUAAACAAUUAUGGCUCAAAGCUGGCGACUUCAAUAGCAAAUAUUUUCAUGCUAAUGCAUCUGCUAGAAGGGGGUUGAAUAUGAUCCAUAAGCUUCAGAAGGAAGAUGGAAACUAG